UCUAAAUUCUUGAUAUGCUAAUGUAGGAAAGAAGAAUGACCAAGAUCAAGUUAAUCUUUGGCUUCCUUGUAACACUUUAUGCAUCAAUACCUCGUAGCCGUGCUGCAGACACCAUAUCUGCCAACCAAAUCCUUAGAUAUAACCAAACUAUCAUUUCGCCACAAGAAACCUUUGAACUUGGUUUCUUUAGCCCCCCUAACUCUACCAACCAUUAUGUCGGAAUUUGGUACAAGAAAAUAUCCACCGGAACCGUCGUAUGGAUAGCCAACAGGAACACACCACUCACCAAUACCUCUGGCGAGCUGACUCUUACCCUUCAGGGAGUUUUACUUCUUCGGGAUGCCACCACGGGGAAUGUCGUAUGGUCGUCAGCAAACUCAUCAACAACGUCAGUGAGGAAUCCGAUUGGUCAGCUUUUAGAUACUGGCAACUUUAUAAUCUACGAAGGUGAUGACACCAAUCAAGAAAAUCCCAUAUGGCAAAGUUUCGACUCUCUGACAGACACCUUACUUCCCGGAAUGAAGGCAGGCUGGGACUUGGUUACCCGGAUGGAAAGACGCUACACGUCAAGAAAGUCCAACGAUGAUCCUGCUUCUGGUGAGUUUUCGGCAGGGGUUGAUAUCAGAGGUUACCCUCAGCUGAUCCUUACAGAAGGCAGGGAAAUAAAGUUCCGGGAAGGUCCCUGGAAUGGAAUCAGGUUUACCGGAGCUCCUAAUUUGAGACCAAACCCGAUUUACAACUUCACCUUUGUUCUGAAUGACAAAGAAAUUUACUACCAGUACAAUCUUUUAAGUAGUUCUGUUUUUUCGAGGGUGGUGUUACAACCAAAUGGUCGUAUAGAACGUUUGUUAUGGAUUGAUAGCAAACAGGAAUGGAUCCUAUAUUUGACCCCAGAAAACGACCACUGUGAUCAAUACAUGGUGUGCGGGCCCUAUGCGAGCUGCAACAUUAACAAGUCCCCAGUUUGUGAAUGUUUGAAGGGAUUUGAACCCACAUCUCCUGAGCAGUGGACAGUUGGAGAUUGGUCACAAGGGUGUCAGCGUACUGUCCCUUUGGAUUGUGGAAAUGGGGAGGGCUUCAACAAAUACUCAAAUCUAAAGUUACCAGACACUCAGGGGUCAUGGUAUAACCUGAAGAUGACCCUUGUAGAGUGUGAGAAGAUGUGUAAAAGCAAUUGUUCUUGUACUGCUUACACAAAUACAAAUAUAUCAGGCUCUGGGGGUGGUUGCUUGCUAUGGUUCGGAGACCUAAUUGAUAUCAGAACGUUUGCAGAUGCAGGGGACACUCUAUAUAUACGAAUGCCACCUUCAGAACUAGACUCGGUAGAAAACAGUAAAAGGUCAAGUGCAAGGAGCAGAGUACGAUUUAUUGUCCCUGUGGCAUUUGUAGCUUUGAUCAUGCUACUUACAAUAUGCUUAUUUUGUCGUUAUAAUAGGGCGAAGCAGCAACAACAAGCGACAUACAGUAACAAGUUUAGACAUGAUCCUGAAAACGAAAGUGGUGAUGAAGAUCUAGAGUUACCAGUAUUUGGCUUGUCUACAAUACUUACAGCUACAAACAACUUUUCAGCAAACAACAAACUUGGAGAGGGUGGUUUUGGACCUGUUUACAAGGGUGUGCUAGAAGACAGGAAGGAAAUAGCAGUGAAGCGGCUAGCAAAAACAUCCACCCAAGGACUUCAUGAAUUCAAAAAUGAAGUCAUCUUGAUAUCUAAACUACAACAUCGCAAUCUUGUUAAGCUCUUGGGCUGCUGCAUAGAAGGAGACGAAGUGAUGCUGGUUUAUGAAUACAUGCCAAACAAAGGCCUUGAUUCCUACAUAUUUGAUAUAACUAGAAGAGAGCAACUUGAUUGGCCUGCACGUUACCACAUUAUCAUCGGAGUUGCCCGUGGACUUCUUUAUCUUCAUCAGGAUUCUCGGCUUAGAAUCAUACAUAGAGAUCUUAAAGUUAGCAAUAUUUUGCUUGACAAAAAUAUGAACCCAAAGAUAUCAGAUUUUGGCACAGCGAGAACUUUUGGUGGAAAUCAAAUGGAGGCAAAGACAAACAGAGUGGUUGGAACAUAUGGCUACAUGGCACCAGAGUAUGCAGGAGGUGGUGUCUUUUCGAUUAAAUCAGAUGUAUAUAGUUUCGGCGUGUUAGUGCUGGAAAUUGUGUGUGGGGAUAAAAAUAGAGGAUUCGUCCAUAAAGAACAUUGCAACAACCUUAUUGGGCAUGCAUGGGGACUCUAUAAUGAAGGCAAAUCCUUGCAAUUAGUUGAUAAAUGUCUAAGUGAGUCAAUCAAUAUCUCUCAGCUUCUACGAUCAAUCCAUGUUGGUUUGUUGUGUGUUCAACGUAACCCAGAAGAUAGACCGAUUAUGACGUCUGUGAUCGUGAUGUUGGAGAGUGAGGGUCCAUUACCUUCACCCAAAGAACCAGGAUUUUACGUUGGAGAAACUACGCCAGAUACUAGACGAUCUUCAAGCUCAUGCGGACCUUGUUCUAACAAUGAACUUAGCAUUACUAUGUUAAUUGGACGAUAAAAUGAAAGUUGCAUGUUAUUAGAGUAUAUACAUGUGUAGUGUGUAUCUAUAGUUGUAAAGCUGGAUAGUUGUCAUGUUAGUUAAGAGAUAGUUGAGUUAGUUGAGGUAGGUUAUAAAUAGAAGAUGUAUCUUCCAGAACAAGUUAAUGAAAACAGUUUCUUACA